ACGACACAGAUGUGAGGCUAUCUCGUGGUAUAAAAGGGACCGAGAUGUGGGCUACUGGUAUCAGUUGCUCCACGUCUGUUCUCCUUUACCAGCAUCGCCGAGAAAAACACGAAACGUCAGCCAUGACAGUAAUUCUUCGUCUCUUCGUCCUGGGAGUGUGUGUCGUUGCUGUGUCUUGCAUUAUUCGGUGCACCGAAGACUUCUGUACCACCGUAGACUGUGCCGUUGCUGCUGGAGACAGCGCUCCGCCGUGUGGACCGGACCAGCGCCUGAAUGAGCAAGGGACCUUCUGCGGAUGUUGUCGCACGUGCGUUACGCAGCUAGCCGAAGGAAGUAACUGCGGGAUCACACUAAUGAUUGGCGGACCGCCGCCUGUGGUCGAGUGUGCCGCUGGGCUUGUUUGCUCCCGUGAUACUGCAACGUGCGUAGCGCAGGAGGUACCAGAUGAUGUGGUAGCGGACGAAUAAGGCGCUUGCUUAAUCUAGGCGGGGACCGAGGAGUCCACCUGAACCAACACAGACAGUUUUGUAACGUGCAGAUCAGUACCAAAUAAACUAACUCUUAAAUUGAUAAA